CUUUUGAAGAAAAAGAGCGGAAAAAUAAAGAGUUCUUGCUUUUGUGAGCGUCAUCUGGCGGUAACUCUUCUAAGACCAACUUUUUUAUAAUAAGUUCGCUACUGUGGUUCGAGUGAAUGUGAUCUCUGACGGGAUUAAACAUCUCAAGCAACCAUGCCUUUCACUGAGGAUUUUUACCUCCCGUCUGAGGAAGAAUUAAAAGUACAAGAAAUUAAUAUAUCUACUCCUUUUUUAAAAGCGGGAGCUAUUCAUUUUGGAAAAUACUGUGAUCAUCAGUGUAAAGAAUUUAUGCUAUGUCGUACAGAAGAGAAUGAUCCAAGAAGAUGUUUGAAAGAAGGUAAAGAUCUUACAGCUUGUGGAAUUGAGUAUUUUCAGAAAGUAAAACAGAGCUGUAGAGCAGAGCUUGAACAAUAUGCGGCUUGCUUGGAAUGGAACAGUCCGCAGAUGAAUGUGCAAUAUUGCAGGAAAACACAAGCAGUAUUAGAUAAUUGCAUGGCUGAAAAAUUGAAUAUUGAAAGACCACCAUUUGGAUAUUUUACUGAAAUACGACCUCAUAAAACAGAGCGUCCUAGACCUGGACCUCCACUUCCUCGUAAAGAAUAUAUAGAUGAUAGGCCUUCACUUCCUGAUGAUUAUCCUAGGGAAGAUGCAAAAUAUGGUUCUGCUUUUUUUAUGUUCAACUAAUUAAUUGUAUUAGAUGUCAGUCAUUUGUUUUCAAUAAUAUGUAAUGAAAAGUUGAACAUUUUUGUAGUAAGCUAUAUAAAAAUUUAAAUUAAAUUGCUAUAUCUCUUU